UUUUUAAUUUAUCUUUAACAAUAAAAUUAACAAAUUUUAAAUAUAGAAAAAAAUUAAUAAUGUUUAACAACUUCAUCAAUUCUUGUAGUAUUUUAAUUUUAAUUUUUACCGACAUAUUUCUAAGUGUUUAUGGUGCUGAUGUCACCCCUGCACAGGCGUUAAAAUUUGUAAAUAGCAAAAUGUCAAAAUCUAAUCAAGUUAACAAAAAGCCACAUAUAAAUACUAUGAGUAAGAAGAGUGUGAAUGUAUAUCAGGUGAAAAGCGGCAUUUAUGCAUAUGCGUCGGGAUUGGCAGUUGAUACUGAUGGAAGCGAUUCAGAUCCUGAUCCCGACCAUCAGGACGAAACUGCGUGGAAGGAUUCAAACGGCAAAAGUCUUGGGGCGCAUCGGGUUCCAUAUUAUGUGCUCGGUGAUAAAUGCCAUGAAAAGACAAAACCGUGCCCAUAUUUUUUCUACAAAGAACACAAUAUUGCUGGAUUACAGUUUGCGUUAUUCUUUUUCAAAGGAAAGGCGAUAGGAGCUUUUUUGGGGACACCCAAGGUGAUUCUAAAACUGACACCUCAAACAACGAUUCGAGAGAACUCGGAGAAGCCUCAGUCAAAACUGCCCAAUUACUCCAAAUCAACAGUAGUGGCACAAAUGGGGGUGUGGAUUCGGGUGUUACUGUGGUUAUUUUCUCAGGAAAUAAUUGGGUGGUGAGAGGAACAAACGAUAAUCUAAACAGUAAAGCACAAUCGCUAGUGAAAAAGGCUCUGAACUUAU